AGCUUUAGCUUCCUGCCACCCUCGGAACGGCCGGAUCGAUGGCCGUCAUGGUGCGGGCGCUGGUAGCACUGGGGCUGUUGGAGCUGACGGCAGGCGAAGAUCCCUGCGUGAAGGUGAACACCUCCUACUAUGACGACAGCAAACCCCCUGUGGCCGUGAAAUACAUGGCCAAUGCCAUUGCCUGCCAAGCGGCUUGUGAGUCCAACGCACCCUGCGAGGCUUGGACCUUUUUGCGCGAUGCAGGCAGCUGCUGGCAGCUACCAGCCAGUCAACAGAUGAUUUUGGUGGGCAACCCCAACGGCGAGAGCGGGUCCAAGCUCUGCAGGCCCCACGGCCGCGCCGCUCGCAAGAGUGUCUGGACCUCCGCCAGCCUCGCUGCCGCGCCGGCGCCAGCAGAACCGCCCACGGCGGCGGUGCCGCCGCAUAUCCUGGGGGUGGAACCGCCCCUGGCCGAAGGUGGUCCUCCGCGCCCGGCCUGCGCGUCGCGCGGCAAGGCCUUGAAUGACCCCAUGGUUCAGAUUCUGAACGGCGGCUAUGUCGCGUUGGCCACGGAAUGUCAAUCCAGGUGCGCUUCAGCACCUCUCUGUGUCUUCUGGACCUUCUACAACGACACGGGAGGGUGCUGGCUGCAGGGCAGCAACGUGACCAGCUUCCUGAACCACUCCGCGAUCAGCGGCCCCAAGCUCUGCGACGAGCCGUUGGAAGCUUCGCCCUACGCAGCGGGGCAGAACAUCAGCGGUGCCUCCGCGCAGACGGUGCUGAUGCGCUCCAUCCCACGGCCGGGCUGCAGCUUCCGGGGCAAGGCCUACCGGGACCCGCAGGUCAAGGCGCCCAAUGGCGGCUAUGUGGACACGGCUGAGAUGUGUCAGGACUUGUGCUCGCGCAGCUUUCUGUGCGCUCGCUUCACUUACUAUAUCGAUACCAAGGCCUGCUGGCUGCAGGGCUCCAAUGCCACGGAGUUUGAGAGCGCCAUGGCCAUUGCGGGCCCAAAGGCUUGCGGCGAGCCGCAUCCUGUGAGUUUGAAGGAGAUGCAACUGGACACCGUUUUGAAUUGCGCCAAGAGCAAGGUUGCCAGACAGGGCGAUGAACUGGUUGUGCCGGAGUUCAUGGUGAAGUCGGAUGCCGUGGAAUGCCAAGCGGGUUGCAAAGACACCAGCGAUUGCAUGUACUUCACCUUCUAUCCUGAGUCACUUCGGUGCACUCUGCAUGGAAAGGACGCUUCCACAAUCACUUCCCUUGACAGCAUCAGCGGGCCCAAGGAAUGUGAUGACCCCGUGGCCCUGCCGGUGGGCGCUUGGGAGGUGAAGCUUACGCGGAUGGCGAGCGGAUGGAGGUCGCACGCUGGCCCCUUUAUGCUGGUGGUCGUGGCGGCGAGUUGUUUGGCCUUGACGGUAGUGGUCUGUGGACGGAUGUCGCAGGCGUUUGCCCGAUGGGGCAACAGCUGUAGGUAUGUGGCAUCCAGGGGCAAUCCAAGACUUGAUGAGGACAUGGAAGAGAGGUUCGUGGAGGCGGCAUGAGUUCACUACGAGACGAGGCGGCCCCGAGUCACGACUUCACCGAGAAGUCCAGGGCGCCGAGAAGUCGGGCGGGGCGCUACAGAAGUCUCAAGAUGUCCCACUUUUUGUCUGC